CGUUUAUCACAUGCACCACCGGGCCGCCCCAAAAUUCAGAAAUUAAAAGUAAAAUUAUAACAAAGUGCUUCUCAUUUCAUUUCAAUUUUCAUUUGUUUUCUAGUUUAAAAUCAAAUUUCUUACAUUUAAAAUAACAAAUAUUCGUAUGAUAAUUCGUUAGUGAGACAACAAGUUGAACCUGAAAAUUGAAAAUCCUAAGUAUAACUUCAGGAUUUGUAGAAUACAGGAAAUUCUCAUAGGCCUUUUCUGAUAAAAAAAAAUCAAAGCGAAUUCCGUUCUUCGGCAUAUCAUUUUAUUUGGUUCUCUUCUCAUCAUACUCACACCAUGAAAGCGAUCCUUAAAAAAGACAGAAGCAUAAUGUGCAAAAGGUUUGAACCGAGCAAGAACCGUUCUAUGCAGCUCGUCCUCGUGACCAUUGGACGAAAAGGAUCGAAGGUAAAACAAAAAACAAAACAAAAAAACUGCACGAUGCCUAGUAUCUAUUUUUGAGCAGUUUUUCAUACCACAGAAACAUUCUAAUGAAAAAAUGAGAUGAGGUCUAAAGGAAAACUGGAUACAAAUCUAGACCAACCUAGAUGAGUUGUUGGUGCAGCCUCAUGGUGUUAGGGGGUGCACGUUUGGAAAGAACGAUAAUUUUGUAUGUGAUUGCAAAAAUGGAACGAUUUUACAGCACUCGAAAAUGCACAAAAAAGAAACAACAAAAAAAUCCACCCCAGCAAUUGGCCACACCGAGACUGAGACUCUUUUUUGUAUGUGUGUGCUGUUGAUUUUGCCAACGCAAGGCGGUAAGAGUGCUCGAAAAUUUUUUUCUUCGUUUCAUCUUUUUUAGUCGCCUCCCACCACAUCCACCGACAGCCUCUGACUCUUCUCUUACCCCUUUCCCGGUUUUACACCGUGUCCGAACGACAGGCGAGAUGCACUUGCAGCACUUGAAGGUGGAAGAAGGUUUUUUUUUUUGCAAAUGAUAAGUGGGCAGGAAAAUGAAUAAAAUAUAUAUAGAGAAGCUGGGAUUUUGCGGCUCCACUUGCGCCAGCGUCUGUAAGUGCGCCAGUUUUGUACGGGCGGUGAAGGAUGCAACGACGCGACACACCGGUCGCCUGACGCGCAUGGGAAACACACGAAUAAUAAUAAUACUAAUAAUAAUGAUAACAAUAAUAAUACUGACGAAAAAUGAAAAACAAAAUCACAACCAAACCAACCAUUCUAAAACAUCGUACGGCAACAUCGCACGAAGGAUGGGUCGGACUGCGCUCACCAUGGCGCUCUAUGCACCGUGGAGAGCUCUUGGCCUAAUUAAAAUUAAAGAUAAAGCAUGCAUCCUGGAUGCAGGAGAGCGUCAUCGCCGCCGCUUGCAUUUUGGAGGAUGCAUUUUACGUUUGCUAUUCGGUCCGGUAGCCAUGUGCAGUGGAAUAUGAUUUGCUGCUGUAUGAAGAAAAAGGUGAAAAUUAGCUGCACGCGUCACGGUGUAAAGCAGCAAAGCAGAAUGAAAGUGCAGGUUUAAGAUUUGUAUAAUUUAAAUGUUAAUUUGAAGUAACAAAUUAAUUAGUUGAUGCAUUUUUGGUAGAAUUAUAUUUUGAGUUUCUGUAAUGGUUGUUCUUGCAGAAAUUCUUGUAGAAGCGUUUUUAUUAAAUUUUAAUUUAUUUUUAUAUUUUAAUUACAAGAAUAAAGUUUAAAAGCUUAAGCUUUAAAUGUUUGUUAUAUUAAAGGAAUAAAGUAAAUUAUUAUAGCAGAAAAUUAAAUGUUUCUGCAUGAAUAUGCUACAAAGCAAUAUCUUCAGGUAAAAUCCGGAAUAUCCGGAACACAUGACAUGCCAGUUUGAUGCACAACCCGGCACAAAACUCGGUUGUUUUGGAAUAGCAAACUAUUUGUUUUUAAUGUGUGAUAAACACCGUAGAAUGUAGAGUGUUGUUUUUGUGCGUCUAGCUCACGCUUCAUGCCAUCAAGUAUCCGUGUUUUCCGUGGAUGCUCCGGUGGGUGGCAUUCGCCACAUCGGGAGGGGAUGGCGAAUUUUCACACCCUCCCCCCCUCUAGUUCCCCAAAACCCGAAAGCAUGGUUGGCAAAAUGUGGGAAAUGUGGCAUCGAAGCCACUGUUCGGCAGCAAACCGGAUGGAACUGUUUUGACACAUGCACGAUGGGCGGCAGCCAGAAGAUUCAACAACAGUUCGCUUGGGGGAGGGAAGCGCGCGCGUUUUGGUCGCGAAUUAGUGGGAUUGAACCACGCUUCGGGUCGUGGUUGACCAAACACUUUUACCGCUUCAGUCACACGGUUCGUUUCGAGGUGCAGGAGAUACAUUUUGCAGCAUUGUUUCGGUCGCCCAACACCUUCCGGAAGUGGUCUUGCUCUUUAGCGUUCGGUUGCGUGUGCCUGUUGUGCGUGUGUGUGUGUGAGGUUUAAUUGAUUGAAAAAUUGAAACAAGGGGUUACCCUGUUCCGGGGGUGCCGGGGUGGCGCUACCCUGUUUUUGUUGUGACUUAUGGGUGAUUUUCGAUGGUUUGGCGGAAGGCAAAUGUGCAAUCGACCAAUUCAUAAUACCACUCAAACGAUUCAAAAGGGGGAUAGGGGCUUAAGAAAGAACGAGCAGCAAAGUGAGGAAUCGCUACCGAAUUAUCGCUUAAUGGUUUCCAAUCAGCUUAUAUUAUUAUAAGAGAUAGCAAAAGCGUCCACACGAAAGAUACGUGCGUGAAGCGUAAUUAGAGAAAGGGUGGUUUAUUUGCAUUAAAAGCAAAUUGGAUUUGGAACGAGAUAGAGAUUAAGGUAGGAAAAUAAAAUAGGGUAUGAUGAAGAAAAUCACGUGGCCGAAAAAUAAAAAAUCUUCCCCUAAAAGUACUAAUGCACCAAAGUCACCAAAUUUGAAUUUUAGACCUCGCGACAAGUUGGCGGCAAAGGAAUUGUUCUAUUCUUUGCAUUUGUUUUCGUUUUGGUAAAUCCCUUUCUGUCGAUUUUCCGCUCGUAAUAAUAAUAUUUAAUGAUUUUGUUUAUAGUUAAAUUAUGGACAAAGUUUUCACUACGCAAAACUUUAAUGGUAUUACAAUUUACGUAACCGAAAUGGAAAGAAACAAUAAAACCAAGUGAAAAAUUGCAAACGUAAAGGAUGGACCUCGUACGGAAUUUUCAUUCUACUGCUCAAAACUACAUAAAUAAUAGUGCUAGAUUAAGCUAUCGCUUAGCCAAACGUUCAUUUUCGCAAUCGAAACCUUUCUUUUCGUUUCGACAAUGGCAGCCGAAAUAUGUAAAAUCAAACGAGUAAGAUAUGAUCAGCGAACUGAAACUUACCGUCUAUCAAGACAAGCAAUGGACUUAUUUCAAUCGCUUUCCAAACCGUUCCAAAACCGUUUUUGGGCUACUUCCGAACAUAUUUGCAUAAUAUUCAAUCAUUACAUGCUGGUGAACGUUCUACAUUAUUACGAUGGUUAGAACCAUUCGUCAUCUUUUAGCCACGGAAUAGGUUGCACCAAGCGUUACCCAAGGUACCGAUGCAAAUGUAUUGCACUAGGCGUAAAUACAACCUAAAACUCUGCCGGAGCUUUAUAAGGUUCUUGCAAAGCAUUUCCGUACAGUGGCAAACGGUGUAAGAAAAAAAGGCAGCAAAUUAUGUGGCUAGCAAAUGAUGAUGUAAACGUUUCCCGUGGUACACCAAAACCGACAAUCAAACCGAUGGGUCUAGUGUAUUGGGAAAUUUGUUGUAUCCCUUUUUUUGUUUGUGGCUUCCCUUUACCCUUCCGGUUCCGGAUGGAUUGUGGUUGAUGAUGGCGUUUCUGCCAAAUAACUCAAUUCAAGGAGAUUUGCUAAGAAUAGUGGCAUAAUUCGGUUGCAUUAAGAUUGUACCGAAUGUUUUCACGAUAAGCAAAACGAGAAGCUUUCCACCAGUGCAUAUCAGAGAGAUGAGUUAUGGCAGAGAAUUUUUUGGUACUUUACGGUUACAGGAAGAGGAAGAACGUGUUUUCUGUAAUGAUGAAUAUUACGAGUUUUUUUUGUAGUUGAAUUUAUGGAUUGUUUCAAGAUUGGAGUUAAAUUUGUACAUGCUGUUGUUAGGUAGAUUGUGAAAAUCAAUCGUUCACACUUUAUACAAAGUGAUGCGUAAGUAAGCUUGAAGUGAUAACACCAUUCAGCAGGUGGUACAAAUAUUUAAAUCAAUGUUUUACUGAAUUAUUAACCUUCUCACAAAGCCCAUCAUCUUGGCUAAUUUUUGCUGUGGUAAGUGUCCCCAGCCAAGAAGGCUAGAAAGGAGGGCAAGAAUCAUAAACAAACCCAACCCAACGGAAGAGUCUGGUCUGGGGGAGUGAGUCAGUACAGAAGUUGAUUCUACUGUUUUGCCAGUUUUGCACUCCCGUUAGACCCAUCUUCAGGUGCUCUUUGUCUUUUCCUCACUGCAAGCUGCAAAAGAAGAAGUUUGGUAUGGAAAUUAAGUUAUAACUGUGUUUCCUUCGCCAUUGUUUAAAGAGGAUGUUACCGGUGUCUUUACCAUUGUGAAAGGCAUGAAGUGUAGCAAGUAGUUGAGAAAACACUUUCCAGCACAACAAUACAAACAGUUGCCCACCCCCCCUGAACAAUGUGUCUGAACACCGGUUCACCGCUACACCUGCAUUGCCGUCAGCUCUGGGCUAAGAUCCUUUCCUUUUCCUAGCGUAGUGUAGGAGUUCCAAAAUGGGGCCCGGCAUGAAGAGAGGAAUUUUCGAUCCGACUCAGUAGAGAAUAUAAUAUUGCACCAACGAUUUCGUACGACUCCGUUCGAUUCCGUGUCAAUGAAACCCUCAAUUAAGUGCUACCAAUUGCGUUACGAUUGGACGAACGAAGUACCGAGAGUUUUUUUUUGUAGUUGCACCACCUCGAUACCGGCUAAAACGAAUCUUCCAUCCACGGUCGAUACCUUGCUCCACAACUGAAGGGUUGGUAGUUGCGAUGAAACACUCGCGAUGAAGUCGUUUUGCUAAACGGUACCGGCUCCACUUGUACGGUUGUGUCUUGUGAGACGAGCGUCCAAUUUAUGCAAGGGGAAGCAAACCACACAUACACACAUUUCGAUCAAUACAACUAUUAAAUCAAUGUCUUAAAAGUCAUGUAGAAAUCAUCAUUCGACGAUGACGAAGCAACAGCACGGGAAGGGAAGUGAUGUUGAUGUGAGCAUAGGUUUAAUUACCAUCCGCAUACGGCUCGUGCGCCCGUGUAGCUCUCCCAGCUUCGAAUAUCUUGAAGCCAUUACGCGUCUCUGUUCCAGCUACAGCUAAACGGUGUACACAUAAAAACCCAAGACAAGAAGGUAUCCCCUCCGGUGAACACUUAAGCCUCCACGGCUCCAUACCACUGCACCAGUAUGCUAAUGAAAUUUAGACUGGAAUAAACUAACAUCAUAAUUUCCAUAUUGAAUGCUCAAAAUCCACAACUCCACCUCCACAAACAUGUGUGGAAUGUGAGGUACUAUAAAAACGAAAGACACAACAAUUGCACUCAAGCGAUCCAAUUCUCGCCAAGUGCUAGAUUUACCCUCCCCAAAAACCGGUGGCUUGUUCGAGGUGCUCUAAUUUUAACAAUUAUAUUAUUCGCUCGAAAGAAAUUCCCCACGCACCAAUAUUGGCUCCGUAUGGCUGCAAACGCAAUCGAACUUAAUAAAUUGGUAACAAAAAAAACGGAGUGCAUAUUUUCCAUUUUUUUUGUUUCGUUUUGUGUAGCUUAUCUAAUGUAUCGAACACCGAUAGUGAUGUUAUUUUACUGUGUUCUUUUGUUUCUCUUUUAUUAUCAAAAAAAUAUACAUGCACACACAAGCGCGUUUUAAUCGAUACGUAACGUAACGGAAAAAGCUUUGCUAUCACAUGUAUGUGGGUAACAAAACGAAAGAAAAAAAUCUACUCACGAUGCGUGUAUUUAAAAUUAAUCAUAUCAAUUAUAAAACAAUUAAACAAAUUAUCAGACCAAAUAAAAUCCCUCUUUAAUUGUUCGGUGCUUGGGCAAGGGCUGCAAAAGGGACGCGCCCUGAUGGAGGCGUACUCGUUUCGGACGUUCGGCUUUUUUUAUUUCAUUGCAAACUCAAUAAGCUUUCGAGGUGCUGGAAAAACUGAAUAAAAAUGAAGAGAGAAACAGAGAGAUGCAUAGGCAAAAAAUGCUUCAUGAGCAUACGCGAUGUUUUUUGUCUUCUUCAUUCAUUGUUUCCCUUCUACAAUCAUAUCCCUUUCGCAAUUCGAGCAGGUUCGUUUUUCAGCGCGCGAGUAUCGAGUUGCAGUUUCGCAUUGGUGCGCAGGCAGGCAGGCAGGCAAGAAGGCAGGCACGCACGUACGCAUGUACAUUGGUAGUGCAAUUUUCGAAUGCAAUUGCACACAUUUGUAUGGGCGCCGGGCUGGGAUGGAAAAGAAAGCAACGUGUGCGUCACAAUGUUUGUAAGAAGCUGUGGAAUUGAUCUGUUUGCAUCCGAAGCGCAAUACUCAUUGUAUCUUAUCUAAGCAGCGUGUGUUUCGGAAUACCAAAAAUUAGCUUUUGAUAAGAGCUUUCAAUGUAUGUUAGACAUUAUUAGAUUAGUGUUAAGAAGGUAGAAGUUCUACUGAUUGCUGGUAAGCCCUGUUUACGUUAUACGGUAUGCCUUUAUAAUCUAAUCAAGAGCCUUGCUGUCUUUCAUUUGUCAGUUUGACAAUAAGGUUUGCUAUAAAAACAUCGUCUAUGAUCAUUGCUUCCAGCUAGUUAGAUUCAUUAGCUGGAAGACAGUUAUUUUCCGGUCAGCGAACACGAAAGACGAUGUUCAGGUGGAAUAUUUGGUUCAUUGUCAGUACGGUGUGUAUGGUGACAUUAGAAAUCAAAGCACAAGAUUCACCCGAUACCGAAUGGUGGAAGACGGCCGUUCUAUAUCAAAUUUAUCCACGAUCGUUUUACGACACCGAUGGCAAUGGAGUGGGAGACAUCCGUGGAGUGACGGCUAAACUGCAAUAUCUGAAGCGCACCGGUAUCGAUGCAACAUGGCUAAGUCCUAUCUUCAAAUCGCCGCAACGAGACUUUGGGUACGAUGUGAGUGAUUUCCUUGAGGUUGAUCCAUUAUUUGGCACGAACCACGAUCUGGAGGAACUGUUCGCCGAAGCACGAAAGCUCGGAUUGAAGAUCGUGCUAGAUUUCGUUCCUAAUCACUCGAGCAAUGAGCACUGGUGGUUUAAACAGUCGGAGCUUGGUGUUGAACCGUACCGAGACUACUAUGUGUGGCAUCCCGGUAAACCGGUGCCAGAACAGGCAAGACCUGCAGUGCCAAACAAUUGGAACUCAGUAUUUUACGGUUCUGCCUGGGAGUGGAGUGAGGUGCGUCAAGAGUACUACCUUCAUCAGUUCGAGGUUGGACAACCGGACUUAAACUAUCGCAAUCCGAAAGUGAUUGAAGAGUUUGAUAACAUUCUACGAUUCUGGAUGGAGCGUGGUGCGUCCGGCUUUCGGGUUGAUGCAAUAAAUCAUAUGUUCGAAGAUGAUCAAUUCCGCGAUGAACCUAUCAACGAUCCAUCGGAUCCAUUAAGCUAUGGCUACACGAAUCACAUCUAUACAAACAAUCUCCUGGAAACUUAUGACGUAAUUGGACACUGGCGAACGGUGAUAGACGAAUUCGUGGAGCAAACUGGUUCGGACACUAUUAUCAUGCUCACGGAAGCAUACACCAGCAUGGAUAUGGUACUUCGCUUCUACCAAUCGGACGACGGUUCCGAGCAAAGGGCACACUUCCCGUUUAACUUUGUUCUACUGGGUGAACUGAACGGGAAUUCCAAUGCACGUGACUUCAAGUAUGUCAUUGAUCGGUGGCUAGAAAAUCUACCUCGUGGUAAGGUUACCAACUGGGUGUUGGGAAACCAUGAUCAGCCCAGAGUUGGCAGUCGCUACGGAGAGGAGCGUAUCGAUGCGAUGAACAUCCUGCUGAUGACCUUACCGGGUGUGGCCGUCACAUACAAUGGAGAAGAGAUCGGUAUGGUUGACUAUCGCGAUAUGUCCUGGGAGGAUAGCUUAGACCCGCAGGGCUGUAAUGUUGGACCCGAGGAGUAUAAGUGGAAAUCUCGCGAUCCUCAACGUACACCGUUCCAGUGGGACGACACGUAUAAUGCAGGAUUUUCAGUGUCCAACAAAACCUGGCUACCGGUGUAUCCCUACUAUCGUCAAAAUAAUCUUCGCAAGCAGCUCGAAAGCGACUGGAGUCACUAUCACGUGUAUACGGAAGCUAUCAAACUACGGCGACAUCGAGUGUUUCGUGAAGGUUCCUUUCGCUCGAAAGCGUUAAACGAGCAUGUGUUUGGGUUCGUGCGAUAUCUCAGAGACGAACCUACUGAUAGUUCGUACUUUGUCGUUAUCAUUAAUUUGAGUGAUGAGAUGAGUGAGAUUGAUCUGCACGAUUUAUACGAAACGGUGGAUGCGCGUGUGUAUUUGGUUGGGACAGAGUCUCGCUACAAGAUCAACCAAAGUGUAAACUCUUCCCGGCUGCUUAUUGGACCGUACGAGUCGAUCAUCUUAGGCAAUGAUGUUAGUUCGUCUAAAGGAACUGUAAUGGGCUCUUUGAAGCUUAUUGUUGCAUCUCUCCUUCUGGGUGGUAUAGUCAUAAAGAACAUAUACCUUUAGACUGGUAAAGGAAUAGCAUUUUGCUCAGUAAUAAAUUGUUAAAGAAUUUGCUUCGUUGUUUGCAUUAUUUAAAUCACACACAUAUUGGAACUACUAACGUA